AUAAGCCAAAGUGAUUCAUCCCCAAAUUGUGCAAAACAAAACUAUCAUCUUUUGUCUACCUUUUGAUAUAUAAGGAAAGUUUGCUAGAUCCAAAAGCAGUAAUAAUAACCUACGAUCGCGUCAAAAUGAAAUUGUUUGUGAUCUUUACUUGCUUUGUGAUUGCAGCUGCAGCACUGGAAGAUGAUUACCUAUCCUUUGCCGGUGAUUUUUUGGAGGAACGUGCGUCUGUAGAACUCGGAACUUUGAAAGAUAUUCUUGACAAUUACGCGGAGAAAUUUGUGUUACGCGAUCCAUUAAAAGUAGCUAAUCAAUCCAUAAGGAUAAAUGGGCAUUAUUUUAACUUCACCGAGGCUCACAUAAAAGGCCUUUCAAAUGUGAGAACUUCCAAAUUCCUUAGCGCCAAUCGUUUUGUUACCGUACUGAAAUAUCAGUUUACUCUGCCUUACGUUUCUGGAGAGAUAAAGUCAUUCAGCAGCGACCUACCCAAUUUCGCAUUCAACGGCGACGGAAGUUUCAGUUUUAAAAACUUUCACUGUAGCACAACUGUCGCCAUUAAAAAAUCUGGCGGUAUGCUGCCCAGCAAAGUAUCAAUGUCGAUUGGAAGAGUGAAUGUAACAAUCGAUGGUAAUCGCGAAUUGAGCAGAAAAGUGAGUCAUGACAUUUUUGAAAUAGUAAACAGUCGCAAAACUCAUCAAGAACUUGGUAAAAAACUGGACGCCUUUGUUAAGAAGUUCCUUUCGGAAUCGGGGUGGCCUCGUCCCAAUGCAUUUUUUGAAGCAGUGGCCGCUGUUAAUGGAGAAGGAGUUUUGGUUAGUGAUGCGGAAGAAAUUUUCACUUUUUGAGAUAAUAUGCUGUAGAUAUUUAAGUCAUUCUACUGUACAUUAACAUUGUCUUAAGUAUAUACAAAGUUUAAUAUAAUCAUUUGAUUAAUUGUU